AUGCGAUCUUCUAAUGAUCAUAUUUUUGCUGAGUAUCUUAUGCGCAUUGGUGAUGGAAUUGAGCCCACCAUACAUGAAGACUUUGUACGGAUACAAGCAAAUAUGGAAAUUCCGUGGGAGGGUGAAACAUCGUUACACAAGUUAAUAGAAGAAAUAUUUCCAAACCUAAAAUCUCAUGGGUGGAACGCUUCUUACAUGGUAGAAAGGGCAAUAUUGACGCCAAAAAAUCAUGAUGUGCAGCAGCUUAAUGAUAUAAUUAUCAACCAGUUUCUAGAAGAAGAACAAAAUUUAGUCUCAUUUGAUGAGGUAGAAGGAGAUGCUAAUAAUUUAUAUCAACAAGAAUACCUUAACUCAGUUUCUACAGGCGGGUUGCCACCUCAUGUGUUGAAGGUGAAAAAAGAGGCACCUUUGAUGUUAUUGAGAAACAUAGAUCCUAAGACUAGCUUAUGCAAUGGUACCUAUCAUUAG